AUGCAAACGAUGAGAAAUGUAACAGAAUUCAUCCUCCUGGGCCUCACGCAAAACCCACAACUGCAGAAACUCUUAUGCAUUGUGUGUUUCCUGAUCUAUCUGAUCACAAUGGCGGGUAAUGCACUCAUCUCGCUCACCAUCUUCAUCAGUCCUGCCCUGGCUUCUCCCAUGUACUUUUUUCUCUCCUACCUGGCCAUUAUAGAUGGUUUAUACUCCUCAAGCAUAGCUCCCAAAAUGGUCUUUGACUUGGUCUCUGAAAACAGCACCAUAUCCUUCAAUGGCUGCAUGAUUCAGCUCUUUGUUGAACACUUUUUUGCUGCGGCUGAGAUCAUCCUGCUCAUCGCCAUGGCCUAUGACCGCUACGUGGCCAUCUGCAAGCCCUUGCACUAUGUGACCCUCAUGAGCCGACCUGUGUGUGCUUUCCUGGUGGGUGCUGCUGUGCUCUUAGGAUUUGUUCAUGGGGGGAUACAGGUUUUGUUUAUAGCCCAGUUACCCUUCUGUGGCCCCAACAUCAUGGAUCACUUCAUAUGUGAUUUAUUCCCAGUCCUGGAGCUGGCUUGCACUGACAUUCACAGUCUGGGGCCCCUGAUCGCUGCCAACAGUGGGUCACUGUGUUUGCUCACUUUUUCUAUACUGGUUACUUCCUAUGUCAUCAUCCUGUGCUCCCUGAGGACAUACAGUUCUGAAGGGCGCCACAAAGCCCUGUCCACCUGCACCUCUCAUGUCACAGUUGUUGUCUUAUUUUUUGUGCCUUGCACAUAUCUCUACCUGAGACCUGCGACCUCUUUCCCUGCUGAUAAAGCUGUGACUGUGAUUUUUACCCUAAUAACACCUAUGCUGAACCCUUUAAUCUACACCCUCAGAAAUGAGGAAGUAAAAAGGGCUAUGAAGAAGCUCUGGGACCAAAUAAUGAAGAGGGAUAUUGAAUGA